UUACACCAGUCUUUUUUUUUUUUUUUUUUGCAUGUCUGUACCAAACUUCGAAUUUUAACAAACACUUGGGUAUUUCUGACUCAAGUAUGUGGUAUUCGUUGAUCACAGAAUAAUUACCCAUUGAAUUGUGUGAAAGUACACAGAUUGAACAUAUUAGUGAGUAGUUGGAGAGAGAAAAGAAGCAAAGCCCCAAGAAGACUAACCAUUUUAGAACCCUGGGGAUCUACUUGUUGAAAAAUUAAAUAAAAAAAGUGACCCACGUUUAGACUAAAAUGGUAGCGGAAGUUUCCUCAUGAGCUUCGGCGAGACUUACAGGCUUCCACGGCGUGGAAAAUGUGUGUGGAUAAAGACAAGCUAGUCAUGACUUAAUAAAAAAAGACUUUGAAGGAGACAGUAGUUUAGUUUGCAUUUGUAAGAUAAGCAAGUCAUGAGGACUUAAAAGACUUCCAAAGGAGACAAUAGUUCAUUUUUAUGUAACAUUUGGAAGAUAAGCUAGUCAUGCCUUACAUGACCAUGAUCGUGGGGUUAUCUAUCCUUGUGAAAAUUGUAUAUUCCAGCAGUCCUCCUGAUGAUUUCAUGUUUAAUGGAUACCCACUGAAGUUGGGUGGAACUGCAAAGCUUGAUUCCAAUGGCCUAUUCACGCUAACCAAUGCUACAAUGCGAGAGAUAGGUCACGCUUUCUACAACUUUCCCCUCCAAUUCAAGAACUCCACAAAUGACGGUAGUGUCAUCUCCUUCUCUACGACUUUCAUCUUUGCAAUUGUACCGGAGUACCCAAGACUUGGUGGCCAUGGAUUGGCCUUUGUUGUUUCACCUUCCAAAGAGCUCCAAGGAGCUCUAUCUAACCAAUAUCUUGGGAUCUUCAAUGCUACCAACACUGGGCUUAGUUCAAAUCAUAUUGUUGCUGUUGAGCUAGACACCGUCCAAGACUUUGAAUUCGAGGACAUAGAUGACAACCAUGUUGGCAUCGAUAUUAACGGCUUGAAAUCAAUCAAGUCUGCUAGUUCAGGUUACUUUCCUACACGUGAAAAUGAUACCUUUAAUGAUCUAAACCUCAAAAGCGGUGACCCAAUGCAGGUUUGGGUGGAAUAUAAUGGAGUAGACAAGCAACUUAACGUUACCCUUGCUCCAAUUUAUGUACCCAAGCCUGACCUCCCACUCUUAUCGUUGACGCGAGAUCUUUCACCAGUCCUGCAUGACUACAUGUAUGUAGGCUUUUCAACCUCCACAGGUUUACUUGCCUCAUCUCAUUACAUACUAGGUUGGAGUUUUAAGAUGAAUGGUCAAGCUGAACCGAUUGACCUGUCUCACCUUCCCAAUAUCCCCGGGACACCACAAGUGAAAGAAAAUAAAAAGAGAAUGUUGGCAUUGGCAAUUGUUGUUCCCUUCAUAGGACUUCUUGUACUCCUAGUCCUCACCUUUGGUGCUCUGCUAAUCAUGAGGAAGAAAAAGUUCACGAAAGAGCUGGAGGAUUGGGAGUUCCAGUACGGCCCUCAUAAAUUCUGUCAUAAGGUUCUAUCCAUGGCAACAAAGGGUUUCAAAGAGAAAGAACUUCUUGGCAGGGGAGGCUUUGGUAGGGUGUACCGGGGUGUGCUACCAACGUCGAAUAUACAUGUUGCCAUCAAAAGAGUUGCCCAUGAUUCGAGACAAGGAAUGAGGGAAUUUGUAGCAGAAAUUGCAACCAUAGGCCGGCUGCGCCACCCAAACUUAGUCCGCCUCCUUGGCUAUUGCCGGCAUAAGCAAGAACUCCUCUUGGUUUAUGAUUUCAUGCCCAAUGGAAGUCUAGACAAGUUUCUUUAUGGCCAACCCAAGGGGAUGCUAAAUUGGAUGCAAAGAUUUAAGAUCAUCAAAGACAUAGCAUCAGGCCUCUUCUAUUUGCACCAACAAUGGGUACAAGUUAUCAUUCAUAGAGAUAUCAAGGCCAGCAAUGUCUUGAUCGACAGUGACUUCAAUGCAAGAUUAGGAGAUUUUGGGCUUGCCAAAUUAUGCAAUCAUGGAGCCGAUCCUCAAACCUCUCACUUGGCAGGUACUCUCGGCUAUAUUGCACCUGAGCUGGCUCGUACUGGAAAAGCAAAUACAAGCACGGAUCUGUUUGCAUUUGGGACAUUCAUGCUAGAGGUUGUCUGCGGUAGAAGGCCGGUGGAACAUCAGGCUUCUCCCGAGAAGAUAAUUUUGAUAGAUUGGGUCUUUGAGUGCUUGGAAAGGGGAAACAUUCUUGAGGCCAUUGAUCAGUGUCUUGGAACCGAGUAUGUGGUUGAGGAAGCUGAGUUGGUGUUGAAGCUCGGGUUGCUUUGCUCACAUGCUGUGGCUGCAGCUAGGCCGAUCAUGUCUGAUGUCGUAAAAUACUUGGAAGGUGAAGCUCAAUUACCUGAUAACUUGAGUGAUAUAAUUAAGUCUCGGGAUUUCAGUGAAGCCACAAAUGGACAGGAUGUGGCACCAAUUUCUGUUCCAUCAGUAACAAUCACAGAGCCAUUUGUCUCUAGAGGCCGUUGAAUUACUUGAUCUCUUUUAACAGCAGCUGUUCUGUAAGUUCUGAGCUAUUUUCUAGAUUAUUUAGUCAUCCAAUGGUUAUCAGCAAGUCUUUGUUCAUCUAAAUAAGUAUAUAAACUCUGCCUUUCGCAAUUUUUAUUCUCAUCACUUUCAUAUCCUUCUUGAACUCAGUGAAUCUCAGUGAAUCCCAUUCAUGCUUCCACUACCCCAACAUGCAUAUCCAUCAAUGAAGUGUGGGGAUGUAAAAUGCUGUUUAAAAUUAGAUAUCCAAUGUUAUUGGUUGCAGGCUGGUGGUGAAUAUGAAAUUGCAGAUGUGAAAGCUCCCAAAAGCUACUAUAUACUCUGCCUCUUUUUAUACAUAUCAAAAACCAAACUAUCUAAUGAACAUUGGUUGUUGUCUUUGAUUGCCUCCAUUUGUUAUUGGUGGGUCGGUGGACCUGAUAAGUACUGUUUACUCAACGCUACUGUUCACUCUAACAC